AUGUCGCGCAUGGGCUCGGGCCGCCCCGUCACCGGCUCCAUGGAGAAGAUCCGGGACAAGAGCUACUUCAUGGGCCUGCUGCGCACCAAGACGUCCGAACUGCGCUCCGAGGUGGCCAAGCUGCGGCGCCAGGCGGACUCGCUGAACCAGGAGCAGGCCACCUACACCACCUACGACACGCGCGUCAAGGAGAUGGCCGGCGAGCUGCUCGAGCAUCAGGCGGAGCUGGCUGACUACAACGUGCUGGUGGAGCUGAUGAACAUGGACUCGGACCGGUCGGUAGUGGACGGGGAGUUUGAGGAGCUGAGGCACAGAAACGGAAAGGAAGCACUUCUUGUUGAGAAACUGUUCAUGAAUCGCAAGGAAAAAGAAAACGAGAUACACGACGUCGAGAACCAAAUUGAUCAGGAGCGGCGGCUGGCCGACACGCUGGUGGAUUCGAUGCCCGGCGAGGUGCGGGACCGCUACAUGCGGCUGCAAGAGCGGAACGUGCAGCUGCAGACGGCCAUCGAGCACGCCCAGCAGCAGGCGGACGCGCUCGGCGCCAGGAAGAACGAGCUGGACGCCGACCUGGCCGCCUCGCCGCUGAAGCAGGAAGCGGCCGUGCAGUACGACAAGCUCAGCUACUUGGAGACGAAGAGGAUGGAGCUGCUGGACGAGAAGAACUCGCGCGAGACUCCCGAACAGGAGCGGGAGCGCCUCCUGCAGCAGGUGAAGGCAGAUAACCAGGAGAUGGGAACUCUGGAACGCCGCAUUCACGAGCUUAAGUCCGAAAUUGGAAAAGCCUCAGAAGAGCUGCAGAUAACUGAGAACGACCUGGAGGACAGCAACUCGGACCGCAACCUAAAGUACCGCGAGCUGCGGAGGCGGGAGGAGGAGAUGCAGGAGUUCCUGCUGAAUUACGACGAGACGAAGGCGACCGAGACGCAGGGGGUGGCGCAGGCCGAGGUGGAGGUGUUGCGCACACUGGAGACCAUCAGCAAGAAUCUGGGCCACGUGCGCCACCUGCCCUCGUUCACGUCCAAGGACCUGGGGGAGCUGAGGGACAGUCUCAUGGUUAAAGAAGGAGAGACCGCCAAGUCCAGGAACACCUUGACCGACCUUGCCACUAAGCAUCAGCAGCUGCAGGCCAAUCACCAGAAGAUCGAGGCGCUGGACGAAAAAGUCAGAGAUGAGAUGAAGACCCUGCGAGAGAAGAUGACGAAGAUGCGCGAGGAGAUGGUGAUUCUAUCGGACCUUCCUGCACUUAAGUAA